CUCAGGAUCUCAGGAGGGGAACAUGUGAGCAGGGAAUGGGCGACUGGAAACGGGAUUAUUGUUCUACACAACAGAGAGACGCAGGAGGGACCCGGGACAGGAGAGACACGGGGACACUGUGACAAAUCGGAGGAGAGUUUACUUUUUUUUCCUUUUUAAUUAUUUUUGAGACUUCGGUGGACUUUGUGGCCAAAGAUGAACACCAUUGUGUUUAACAAACUGAGCAGUCAGGUCCUGUUCGAGGAGAAGGCGAAGGAGGUGGAAAUGAGCAGCAGAAAUUACCUGGAAGUCAUCGACGGGCAACAUCCAGACCUCCUCUCCAGCAACCAGACCAUCAGAGACAACCAGGCGAUCAGGCACAGGCGGAGCGGGGGUCGUCCCAGCGGAGGCAAAGUGCGACACAAGCGCCAGGCCCUGCAGGACAUGGCGCGGCCGCUCAAGCAGUGGCUCUACAAGCACAGAGACAACCCCUACCCCACCAAGACGGAAAAGAUCCUCCUGGCGCUCGGCUCGCAGAUGACGCUCGUCCAGGUGUCCAACUGGUUUGCCAAUGCCAGGAGGCGACUGAAGAACACGGUGAGGCAGCCGGACCUGAGCUGGGCGCUGAGGAUCAAGCUCUACAACAAAUAUGUUCAGGGCAACGCGGAGAGGCUGAGCGUCAGCAGUGACGACAGCUGCUCAGACGAUGGCGACAACCCUCAGAGAACAGAGAGCGGCCCUGAGGAGCUCAACAAGCCCAUGUACCAGAGUGUCAUCAAGAAGGAGGGCUCCUCCAUGGUGGGCAUGACCAUGGGCAUGGGCAUGGCCAUGGGCAUGGGCAUGGGCAUGGGCAUGGGCAUGGGUAUGGGCGCGGGGCUGCGCUCGGCCGCCGAGGCCGCCUCACUGGCCGAGGACUACGUGUCUCCGCCCAAGUACAAGAGCAGCCUGCUCCACCGCUACCUGAACGACUCGCUGCGCCACGUCAUGGUGGCCAACGCCGUCAUGGACGCCCGCAAGAGGAACCACUCCGGCUCCUUCAGCUCCAACGAGUACGACGACGAGCUGCUGUCGCCGUCCUCCUCCGAAGCCGAGGCGAACUUUGUUUACCGGGCUGAAACCACAGAGCAUGGAUCAAGUAAAUGUGACAAUGGCAGCGUUGGCGUCGGAGCCGCGCAGAAAGAGAAGGUGAAGGGCAAAGACGAGACAUACUGGAGGGAGAUCAACGCCGCCAUGGCCUUGACCAACUUGGCACAGGGGAAGGACAGCGCCUCCGGGACCACCAGCUGCAUCAUCCAGAAGUCCUCGCAUAUAGCGGAAAUCAAGACUGUUAAAGUGCCGCUGGUGCAGAAAUAUUAGCCCGAGCGUCGUCGUCCCGUCCCUCUAUGCAAGCCAGCAAACAUUCCUGGUCAGGAUCCCAAUAAACCCUGAAAAGAAAAGAACAGCUUUUUAAAAGGGUGUUUGAAUUGAGUAAACAAAAAGAGGAAUUCUUUUUGGUUGUCAUUGGUGUCUAAAAAAAAAAAAUCUUCAACAGAGGCCUUGAGCAUCCUUCUCAUUGCUGAGCUGACGUGCGAGUGUGCAGUAUUUCCUAAAACAAGACACUUUUGUAAUGUUAACUUAUUUUUUUACCUUAGUUUUUUUUAUUUCUUCUUCUUUUUUUACGCUACAAAUUUUUGUAUUUUGCCAAAGUGCCUUUUUAGACGAAUGACUCGCUGACUGUGGUCAAUUCAAAGUUCAGAUACUGAGGUGCCUCUGGGAUUUGUUUGAAGGAAUCUAUCAGCGAGUAUAAAGAUUUGUUUUGUGAAUGAAUGAAAGCUCCCCACAUCGGCAUGUGCCUUAAGGACUGAAUGAGCUCACCAUGCGAGGCAGUCUUGAACUCAGAUAGCACAUUCAGACGGUGCCCAGCAUGAAUCCUCCUAAGGCAUUGUCCUUUGUUUAGGCUGGGGUCUUCAUUUUGACUGUGCGCUGAACGCUGCUUUGUCUCGGUCGGCCUCUCGUUGCCGGCAGGCCAACUGUAGCUGCUGGAUGCGCAGAUAAGCAGCAGAUUGAUAAGCAGCCGGCGUUCUCCUCCUCGUCCACAUCACGGCCUUGGAUUUCAUUAACGAGCGAAGGAUUCCUUUCUUAUCGGUGGUGUUUUGUUUUAGAUUUUUUUUUUUUUUCUAAGUUGCUGAAACGUGCACAAGCGCUCAGCUGGACUCGAACGAAGACACCUACGCAGAGUGACACAGAUUGUACGCAGAUCCAAAAGGCGUGCGCUGAAGGUUGAGGUAAAAGAAUGCCAUGACCUAAAAGGGAUGUUUUUAAUUUCCAUUAUCAGUUUUUUAUGUGAACAGUAUUUGCCUUUUCAGGUUUGUGCUCAGAACAAGAUAGCCCGGGGUGGAUUAAGAACAAUGGCGAAAAAAAAAAAAAAAGGCACCACCAGCCCCCCACCACCCCUCCCAGCCUUUUGAUCCUCAGCCCUCUCAGCUGUUUAGCAUUACAUUCAAAUUGCUGUUUACAAGAAGCCAGAGGACACGGGCUUAAAAAGUUUGACUUUCUCCCCCUCGCCUUUUUUUUUUCUUCCUCCCCCUCCCACCCCCCUUUCUUGACUUCAAAAAUACACUUCAGUAUUAUCUUUUUGUCAGUGUUCAAAGUAUUUGUUAUUGUCGGUCUGUAUAUGUCUGGUCGUCGUGUUUUUGAUCAAAAAACUUUGCGCUCGGUUUCUCCUCGCUGUGUCACAUUAAGGCCUCCUAUUGUCAUGCAGUGGAAAGUAUGUUAAGGUGGUGCAUAUGCUAGAGACGUUUGUGGCGACCGGGGCCAAGUUCACAAACGGGGGAAAUCAAGUCGGACUUAUGGGAGAAACUGAAGUUGGCUCUCUGUGCUGACUCUUUUUUUUUUUUUUUUAAAUAAUUUUAUGUAUAUUUUCAAGGUACUGUUUAUGUGUGUGUCAAAAAUGUACACUCCUUAAUAAAGUGUUUCUAUUUUAUUUUUUUGUGACAACCCAGACUGUGCUCAUGGUCAAAGACUUUGAGAGGGAGUGAAACUGCACAAAGUGACUUUUUGACCUUUUUAUGUGUCCUGAAUGUGCAAAAGAAGAAGAAGCUGCACUUGGUUUUCAGUUGAGGUGUAUUUUUUUUUUUUUUUUUUUUUUUUUUUACAUGAAGGUGAAUAAAAAAAAAUUGAAGGACAAACCUAUAUUAUUCCGAUUAGUGUGCCUACGGAGGUUUAAUGAAAUGAAUCGCACUAGCCAAUCCCUAGGCACUGUUUGCUUAUGCAGUGGGGGCUGUGGGCUCUCACAUGUGUUUUUUAUACACCUGAUCCCAGGCAGGGUAGCUGCGGGGUAGUGCCGGGCCCGCUCCUUGUGUUUCUAAUCGCACCUCUCAACCUCUGGACCGCUCACGAACCCUCACACCUCACACUAUAUACCCGCUCGUUGGGAAGAGACGCGGCGAGGGAAGGAGGCUUCGGAGACAACAGAGCUGCCUUUGUUGUUCCUAAACCUGCCACCACUCCCCCGACAACCAACACUAUACGAGUACUAACAAAGGGGUUUGUAUUUUUUUUUUUCUGUACAAGGUACUGUAACACGCCUUACUCCAGCACAAACCCUGCUCUCACAACCAAGCUUGACAAAUGGAAAGAAGCAGUAUGUAUUAAAGCUUAUAAAUUAUUAUUACAGACUUUGUCUAAACAAAGAAAGUGGCGACCAUAGUUUUUUUUAUUGUUAAGUUAUAUAAAUUGAGAUUUUUUUUUUCCUUUUUUUGUUUGUUUUGUUCAUUUUGAUAGAGACUGGAUUUACAAUCCAAUGACCAAAUGCAUAUCUCCUUGUAUUGUUGAUCUCAUGUAAAAAAAAAAAAAAAAAAAAAAAAAAAAAUAUUUUAUAAAAACAGUUGUUACUUGGUCAAGGCAAUGAAUAAAUCUCUGAAUGAAAAAUGUGGUGGCCGAUGCUUGUUAUUUAUUCUUUUUUUGAAACUAACUUAAAGCGCUUCCAUAUUUGUAAUAUCCCAUCUGGCCUGGGAGCGCCUGGGGAUUCCUCUGGAGGAGCGGGGGGAAGUGGCUGAGGAGAGGGCCUUCUGGAGUUCCCUGCUGAAGCUGCUGCCCCCAAGAGACAACAGUACGGUAUAUUUACAAACUGCUAGGAAGAUUAGCAUCCCCCACAAGAUGUGUUUCUGUUGCUGUAACAUUAUCAAAACACUGCAGAGAAAUGAGAAGUUGGUGAAUAAUUCUUUCCAGGUUUGCCGAUAUGAGCCACCCUUUUCAUUUAAAAAAAAAAACAACAAAAAAAAAAAAACAACACAAGUGCAACUCUAAAGACGUGUAAAGCAGUUUCCUUG